AUGCCUCUCCAAUCAGGGCCAACUCCACUUGGGGACUCCAAGUUGCCCGUGCAAAGCCAUGUUGAUGGCAGUGAGCACGGAGACUCGGAUCUCCAUGAAGAUGCAACCAGGAUGGCCGAGCAGCCUCGCGAAGGCUGGGCAGUUCCCGGGCUUACAUGGUUUGACGUCUUCUCUCUCAUUGUGAACAAGAUGAUCGGGACCGGGAUCUUCACGACGCCGGCUUCCAUCUUCCUCUUGACUGGCCAGAAGAGCCUUACUCUAGGGCUCUGGGGCAUUGGCCUCUUCUACUCCAUGGUCAGCAUGGCUUUGUAUCUUGAUUAUGCCACAGUAUUUCCCUUCACGGGAGGAGAGCUACUCUAUAUGGAGGAGAUGACAGCAUAUUCCGGCAUGGGAAAACUAAACGACGAAACCACCGAUGCUAAGGAGAAGGCACCCCACGGCGUGGCUAUCUUUCUCAGAAAGAUUGGCCAAUUUUUAUCACCGGUGCGGCGUACCAUAAGGAAGCUGUCCGGCGAUGGGCUUCUGGGAUUCAUCGUCUACGCGGUGAUCUUCGUUGGCGUCUUCAACUCCAGCACCAACUCCAUGCAGUUCGGGAAAGUGAUCCUUGUAGCCAUACAAGCAGAUCAGUUCUCCAAGGACGCACGCCACGAGCUCAACCCCGUGGUCAAGAUCCUAUUCAUGCUGCUCCUGAUCAUAUUUGGUGGGCUCGCUGCCAGCAAGGCCCGAAAAAGCCCCACGGACUGGACCGAGAAGAACUGUGUCUUUAGCAAUGGCACGUACAGCGUUUUCCCGGGUAACACCUCCUGCUGCCUCGAUAGUGACACAGACAGUGUCCUCAGAGACACGACAUGUUUCCCGGGCGACGUCAUCGAUAAUGUUGUAAGGCCAGACGCCGAUAACAAGUUUGCGAAGAAAGGCACCGGACGCCUGGGCAAAAGCCCUGCUAUUGGUGCUGUAGCAGGCGAGAUCCCCCAGCGCAAGGAAAACAAGAAUGUCCUCCGCCAAGGCUUCACGACAGCAGUUAUUCUGGUGGGGAUCCUCUACCUGUGUGCCGUUGCUGUCUUCCUCGAGGCAUUUCCAUACGGUGAAAAUUUACAAACCGCUGUCACACUCAACUACUCAUCCUACUACAGCUCAUUCUCCCUCGUUAACGACGGUCUCGAGAACUCAGCAAAACCAGAUGCAGCUUCGAUCCGAGCCUGGGCCAUAGUAAUAGCGAUUUCCUGUCUUGGAAGUCUCAACUCGAUCAUAUAUACCUUCUCCCGAGUCAAACAAGCCAUCGGUCAGGCCAAUAUCCUCCCGUGGUCUAACAUCUGGAAGAGCAGUCACACCCUAUCCAAGGGGAAGAGGGAGGACGACAUCAAGUACAAAUCCCCACAGGGAGGGCUGAUUGCCCACUGGCUGAUGAGCGUCGUCUUCAUCUCCGUGAGCUCUGGCAUUAAUGCCAUGACGGAGUCGAUCCUCUUGCCUGGGUACUUCCAAAUUUACGCGCACGCUUUCAUACUCCUGAUCAUGGCAGUCGUCUUCCCCCGCCUCGGAGGGCGCGCCGAAGCCCUCCAGCGCGACAAGCCAGACCACCUGUUCCGGCUGUGGCAGCCCAGGGGCGCCGGGCUCGUCGUCGCAGCCCUGGUCAUCCUGGCCUACAUCGCACUCAACGUCGCUAUCCUGGUCGUCGUGCCCCAGGUGUCCCUCACCUCCGACGGCAAGGGCCAGGGACUGCCAGGCCGGUACUACGCGACCGUCGUCUUCAGCCUGGUGGCGCUCGCGCUCGCCUACUACGCCUUCGUCAUCAGCGACGCGACGACCGAAUACGUCGAGCGGCGGCCCGGAAACGGCGAGCCCGCCGUCGUCGAGGAGGUCGAGGGCUUGUGGCGGUCCAAGGGCUUCAGCCUGCUUAGCCUCGCGCACAUACGGUGCCGCAUCCGGAAGGACCUCGUAUACGACGCCGAGAUGGAGCGCGUGAGGCACUUUGGGCGGCGGUGGCGCGCGGUUUAUAUCCUGCGGAGGGACCUCCGGGACCAGACCCCGGGCGAGGAAGCUUCCUUCAACGUGCUUUACUGGCUGUUCGGGGGCGAAUGGUAUUUCCGACGAAACGAUACUCCGUGGAAGCGGUUUCGGAACUGGCUGCCUGGCUAG